GAAAAUUUUUGGCUUGGGUUAUUAAAGGAAAACAUUUUAAAUUUUAUGCUGUACAAGUUAGUGGGGGAAUUGAUGUGGGCGACUUGAAAAGUUAUGUGGAAGCAAAAGAAUAUUAUGGGGAUUAA